AAAAGUCCACUGUACGGUCCAUUUGUAGAUGUGGCGAAGGGUUAUUUGCAGUAUUAUUCAGUGCCCUCUCUUCCCCGAUCUCAAUUGUCUCCCGUCUCAUUGCUUUCUCUCUCUCGUCUCUCCGCCGUUCCCGGCCGCCGGAGCUACUUCAUCACUGUCCUCACACCCCAUUCUCCAACCCCUUUUCCCCACAGUUUCAUCUCGUUCUUUGAUUCGAUCCUCAAGACCUCUUUUUCUCGAUCGCUCUUUCAAUCUCCUCCCAUUUGCUGGUGCCUCUCUUUCUUUUACCCUUUGCCGCAGAGUUAUAAUGUUACAUUGUUCCAAGGAAAAUUGAUACAUGGAAUCUGAAGAUAAGAAGUUUGGCCGAGGACCUAGGGAACUGACUGGUGCUGUGGAUCUUAUAAGUCACUACAAGCUGUUACCUCACCAUGAUUUUUUCUGCAAGAAGUCGCUUCCAUUGUCAAUUUCGGAUACACAUUAUCUUCAUAACGUGGUUGGAGACAUAGAAAUUAGAAAAGGGGAAGGGAUGCAGUUGAAUCAACUCAUACAGAAUACUUCUUAUUCUAGAGAGACCAAUGCCCGCAUACAGCCAUUUGACCAAGAUAUUCUCAUCGGAGCCUUCCAACUGAGGGAAACUGGUCCUGUUGAUCUGCCUCCUGCCGAGAAGGGUGUUGCUACUAUUCCAGGGAAGUCAAGAAGUGAGUCCAAAGAUAAAGACAGAAAGCAUAAGAAGCACAAAGAUAGGGAUAAGGAGAAGGAUAGAGAGCAUAAGAAGCAUAAGCAUCGACAUAAAGACCGAAGUAAGGAUAAAGACAAGGACAAGAAGAAAGAGAAAAGUUCCCAUCAAGAUUCUGGCGCAGAUCAUUCGAAGAAGCAUCAUGAAAAGAAAAGGAAGCAUGAUGGAGAAGAUGACAUUAAUGACAUUCAUAGGCACAAAAAAAGUAAGCAUAAGACCUCAAAAAUCGAAGAAAUGGGAGUGAUAAAGGUAGCGGGGUGACAUUGUGGCAUAAUCUAGGUCAUUUAUUUCCUCGUAUGGUUGUAGAAAGAUUGGUGGAAUUUUCACUUAAUGUGUCAAAAAAAAUACUUGAGAGUAGCUUCUGAUGAGGGUGAAUUCCACAAAAUGUAAAAAAGAAAAGAAAAGAAAAGAAAAUUGUCAUUUGUAUCAUAAGAAACAAAAUGAUGGGGUCUGAUAGAUAAUAUAAAUGUGAGCGAUUUGGUGGAUGAUUAGUUGUGUACCAUUCAUUAUGUUCUUGUUUUCAUUUCCUAGACUGUUUUCAAGCUGUAGUUUGUUUGAAGUAGCAUUUCUUCGUCUUCGGUAUUUUGAACGAAGACAGAAGGCUAGAAAUCUCUCUUUUCUCCAUCCCUGCCCGUUGUGUUUGUUUGUUUCGUUUGAGUUAACUGAAUUCGUUCGUUUCGAGAAUGUGUAUUUUUGUUGUUGGCAUAUGAGAGAGGGGAAAUGUGUAUAGAAAAUGGAAUUUGAGCCAUCUAUUUUCUCACUGUUUUUGGCUCAUAUCUUAUGGACCUUAUAAUUUCCUUUA